AUGAAGUUCAAUAUGAGGAAAUUCUCCACUAUUGGACUCCUCCUAGUUGUUUUGCUUUUCAAUGAAACAACCUUGUCCUGUUUGUGCAAUGCUUCAACCAUUGGUUGCAUAAAAGAAGAGAGACAAGCUCUUCUAAAGUUCAAAGAUAGUUUCAAAGACUAUACAGGUCGACUAUCAUCUUGGCAUAGCCAAGAUUGUUGCAGUUGGAAAGGAGUACAAUGUGAUGAAAUUACUGGCCACGUUGUUAGGCUUGAUCUCGGUGUAGACUCAUUCGCACCCAGGUUCUACUAUAUUGUUCGGUUAGUGGCUAAUGAAGUGCAUUCUUGUUUGCUUCAAUUGAAAUAUCUGAAUCACUUGGACUUGGCCGGAAACAAUUUUAACAAUAGCCCAAUCCCAAAGUUCUUUGGAUCGAUGGCACAACUAAGGUAUCUCAAUCUGUCUGAUGGAGCAUUCAGUGGAAUAGUUCCCCAUCACCUCGGAAAUCUUUCUAGCUUGCGUGUUCUUGAUCUUGAUCAUAAUUUUCAAGUAACUGUAGAUGAUUUCACAUGGGUUUAUCGUCUUUCAUCAUUGCAAUACGUUGGCUUGAGUAAAGUGAAUCUUAGUCAAACGCAAAAUUUACACAAGGUACUAAACAUGACUCCUUGUUUACUAGAGUUGCAUUUAUCAGAAUGUGGACUUGAUAACAUUCAUUUAUCUCAUAUGCAUGUGAAUUCUACUAUUUCUAAUGUUCAAUACUUAGACCUUAGUUCUAAUUCAUUUGAAGGAGAACUUCCGAGUCGCUUCAGUAACAUGACUUCUUUAAGAUUCCUUGAUCUUUCGUUCAAUUAUUUUAAUUCUUCUAUUCCUCUCUAUCUGGAAAAGCUUAAGAGUCUUGAACAUCUCAAUCUUGGCCACAAUGCAUUUCAUGAUGUUGGUGGGAUGUUGAGUCUAAUGUCAAAUCAAUGUAGUUUGAGAUCAUUUGAUAUGAGUAGCAACAGAUUUGACAAAAGGAUGUUCAUUUCUUAUGGAAAUUUGUCCAGUUGCACCAUGUACAAUUUAGAGACAUUGUGUUCAAGUGGUAAUGAUUUCAUUGGUCAUUUACCAAAUUGGUUGGGGCAGCUUAAACAUUUGAAAUACCUUGAUCUUUCAUGGAACUUGUUUAAUGGUUCGAUUCCAGAUUGGUUGGGAAGAAUGUCAUCCUUGCACAAUUUAGUCCUCCACGUUAAUCAAUUUAUUGGGGUCAUCCCACCGUCGCUAGGGAAUCUAUCAGCCUUGAGAGUACUAAAUCUUUUUUACAAUAAGUUAAAUGGGACCAUUCCUGCUUCUAUUGGACAAUUAUCAAAUCUCAAGAUCUUAGAUCUCUCUUCUAAUUCCCUGGAAGGCGCAGUACUUUCUGAAACUCAUUUGUCCAACCUCUCAAUGUUGGAAGAAUUGAGAACAAGUUCUGCGUUCUUGACAUUGAAGGUCAGAUCUGAUUGGAUACCUCCUUUUCAAUUGAAAUCCCUUCUAAUGGGGUCCUGUAGAGUAGGGAUUCAAUUUCCUCAAUGGCUUCAAACACAAAAGAAAGUUGUUGAAUUGGAUCUUUCCAAUACUAGUAUAUCAGGAACCCUCCCUAAAUGGCUUCUUGACAUGCCUCUCUGGACAUUAGAUCUCUCUCAUAACCAUAUUAGUGGACCGAUUCCGAAAUUGCCUUCCACUUUAGAAUUUGUUCAACUCUCCCAUAACUAUAUCUCAGGACCUCUUCCACAAAAUAUUGGCGAUAUGGUGCCUACUUUGCUUACUUUGUCACUAGCUGACAAUUUGAUAAAUGGUUUGAUACCCAAUUCAUUGUGCAAAAUUUGGACUUUGGAUGAAUUAGAUCUUUCUAAGAAUAUGUUAUUUGGAAAUCUUCCUCAGUGUUGGGGGGAUUCAAGGGAAAUCCCAAAUCUAUGGGUUAUGAAAUUUUCAUCUAACAAGCUUUCAGGGAUUAUAUGUAUCCAAGGCUCUUUGGACAUUUGUCUAGACUGGGAUGGUUACAUUGAAUGUAACAAUAGUUUUAGGGAGAGCUUCCUAUGGGUUUGCGAAAUUGCACAGUUUAUUAGUUUUUGA